CGUUGAAGAGGUUGUUUUUGAUUCCCAUUGACAAUGAAACCUGAAGGUUGUUUAUACCUGGCCUCCCUAGCCUGUUCUGUGCAAGCCGCGCUGCGCUUGUCACCUUGUUCAGUUUGUUGAUUGUGGGAAGCUACCACCUCCCUCGUCAUGUCACAAAUCGUGAUUCGCAAUUGCCAAGGUCUGCUUUUGACCACCAAGUCUUUUGGUCGCUCUCUUCAGCUUUCUUCCACCUUUUUGUUACCUUGUCCCCUGCUGCAUCAGCAAACGCCCCUUGCUUUGGCGGCCAGCUCGGAUAUCCGCAGACUACGCUCAAACCCGCGCCUCAAUAGACCCUGCAAGGUCGACUGCCAGGCAGCGGUGUCAUCUCCGAUCAAGCAAGUUGGACAGAAAAUGGAGAACAGCGUGGAAUUGAGCGACCGCUCUCUUCUUGUUGGCGGAAGGACCUUGUUAUCAGAGAUUGCACCUAACGUGACUAUCUCUCCGGCAACCACCACCUCAGGAGCCUUCAUUGGAGCCUCUGCCAGCCAGGCGGAUUCAGCUCAUACAUUUGACCUCGGUACCUUGACGGCCACACGAUUUGUUUCCUCGUUUCGAUUCAAGCUGUGGUGGCAGUGCCAAAGGAUUGCAGACAGUGGUGAUCAUGUGGCUGCCGAGACGCAGUUUCUUCUUCUAGAGUUGAAGGCAGAUGACAGCAAUGGGAGCUUGAAUAAGAAGCCAUCUUAUGCUGUAAUCCUGCCAAUUGUGGAGGGUCCAUUCCGAGCAUGUCUCCAGGGUGGUGGCAACAACAGGCUGCAGCUGGUCGUCGAGUCUGGGAGCACGGUGGUGACCAAGUCCACUUUCAAGGCUAUUGCAUAUGCCGGCUCUGACUCAGACCCAUAUGUUGCCAUUGAGAAGAGCGUGGAGGCGGUUAGAGAGCACCUGCAGACAUUCCAGACCAGGACGCAGAAGAAGAUUCCGGGGAUGCUGUCUCACUUUGGGUGGUGCACAUGGGACGCUUUCUACACCCAGGUCAAUGCUGCAGGCAUUGAGCAGGGCCUCAAGAGUUUGCAUGAGGCUGGCGCCCCUCCCGGCUUCCUCAUCAUUGACGAUGGGUGGCAGUCGGUGGCCGCCGAUGGGGAAGACACCCUGCAGCUGGACCCCAAGCUCGGCACACAAUCAAGCACGCGGCUGGUUCGCAUCCAGGAGAACGGCAAGUUCCAGAGGGAGGCCGGCGAUGCUGCGGGGGAUCCUGCCAGGCCGGAGAGCCUCAAGGCGUUCAUCCACAAGCUGAAAGCGGAGCUCGGGGUCAAGAAGGUCCUCAUGUGGCACGCGCUGGGGGGCUACUGGGGUGGCGUGCGGCCAGGCCUGUACGGAUCGACCCUGCAGGCACCAGUGGUGACCGCGGGCGUCCGCUGCAACCAGCCGGACGCAGCACUCGAGGACAUGAAAGCGUAUGCGGUGGGCGUGAUGGACCCCGCCCAGGUGGGCCAGUACUUUUCGGACCAGCACGCGUACCUGGCGGCUGCGGGCGCGGACGGCGUCAAGGUGGACGUGCAGAGCGCGGUGGAGACGGUGGGGCAGGCCUUCGGCGGGCGGGUGGCCAUCCAGGUCGCGUACCAGAAGGGCUUCAGCGACUCGGUGGCGGCGCACUUCCCGGACAACGACGCCAUCUCGUGCAUGAGCCACGGCAACGACGCCAUGUUCCACACGCGCACCAUCAACUCGGUCCGCGCAUCUGACGACUUCUGGCCUCGCGACCCCGCGAGCCACACCAUCCACGUGGCCUCAUGCGCAUACAACAGCCUGUUCAUGGGCGAGCUCUUCGUGGUCGACUGGGACAUGUUCCAGUCGCGCCACCCCAUGGCCUUCUAUCAUGCCGCAGCGCGCGCCGUCGGCGGCUGCGCCGUCUACGUGUCAGAUCACCCUGGCGAGCACGACCCCGCGGUGCUGCGCAAGCUGGUGCUCCCCGACGGCCGCGUGCUGCGCGCGCUGCUUCCCGGGCGGCCCACGCUGGACUGCCUCUUCGCGGACCCCUGCCGCGACCAGAAGACGCCGCUCAAGAUCUGGAACGUCAACGCGACGACCGCCGUCGUGGGCGCCUUCAACUGCCAGGGCGCGGGGUGGAGCGAGACGGCCAAGGUGCAGUUGGUGCACGACGCGGCACCCGGGCCGGUUGCGGGCGGCGUGGCGGGGGCAGACAUCCCCGGGCUGGAGCAGCUGGCGGGGGAGCACUGGACCGGGGACGUCGUCAUCUUCAGCCACACAGCAGGCUCCUUGGCUCGUGUUGAUGCGACCCACAGCCAGUCCUUUGUUCUGCCCGCCAAGGAGUUCGAGGUCUUUACCAUCGCCCCUGUUCAGCGAUUGAAUGGAACCGACUUUGCGGCGAUCGGGUUGACCGACAUGUUCAACUCUGGAGGUGCGAUUCAAAAGGUGGCUCCCAGUGGCACCUCCUCUGUGGACCUAACGCUGAUUGGGGGAGGCUCCUUCGGUGCGUACAGCUCAGCAGAGCCGCGUGUGUGCACUCUCGAUGGAGAAGGCCUGCCGUUCUCAUAUGACAAGUCUAUUUACAAGCUUGCGGUGACCGUUCCGAAUCGACCCGGAUCCUCGACCCUGAGGCUUGAGUUCUAGCCGUAUGCGUGCACGGCUAUGACAGAGGUAUGCUAGCUUACCUAGCGAAUAGCGAGUUUCUUGCGUGCUGCGGCUUAUCCGAUGAGUCUUACUUGUUCAUUGAGAAACAUCAUUCUUUGUACGGCAAUGGUUACGCGGAGGCGUCUCGAGAUCAUAUUUGAGACACCUUAUUGGCAGCUCUACCAAGGUUGAUAGGGAGGUGGAGAAACAGGGUACGAGGACUGUAGUUGUCUAUUGUAUCUUUCGGCCUUGUGCGCUCUCUGCACUAACUUCAGGGGGCGUUGGAAGGUCUCUGUGGAAUCGGGAAGCCCAAUGCAGACAUGGACACUGCAGGCCCCACAAAGUCAAGAUCGGAAAGCUUUUGUGUUGCAGCAAU